GUAACAUAAAAUCAGUAUGGUUUAAAAUUCCAACAAUUUUUAUUUAUUAAAAUUCAGGGCUUUUCAUCCACGAUGUGUGUAGUCGCAUUCCCAUCCGUCAUAUUAGAUCUGUAACUAAAUCACUAUCAUGAAUGAUGUUUACAAGAAAAAGUAAAUGAAUGUAGUAGGUUAGGAGUACUUCGGUUAAAUUAUCUAAAUUAGAACAGUUAUAUACUUACAGUCAAAACUUAAUCCAAGAAAGAAUCUCAACUGUACACAAUGGAACAAAUAUUCAUGAUCGAAGUGUUUGUCAAGAAAAUUGUACUAAAAAUAGAACCACCCGUUAAAGAUGAGUACGAACUACGUAUGGAAGAAGAAGAGAGGAAAAGAGAGGCAGAAGCUGCGGCGCUAGCUGAGGCACUAUUAGCUGAGAAAAUGAAAGGUAAGAAACCGAAACCUCCUAAAAAACCUAAAAAAAGCAAGGAACCACCUCUACCGUCAGAAGAAGAAUUAAAAUACGCACAGACGUGUACAAUGCAAAUGAAUUGCUUGCCUCUGUUCGAUUUCUAUGUAGCACAUGAUAACUUCGUAGCACCGCCGCCACCUCCACCUCCUACCAAGGGAAAGAAAGGAAAAGGAGGUAAGGGUAAGGGCAAGAAAGGCAAACCUGUCUUUGUAAAACCACCUUUACCAUCCGAACCAUUACCACAGCCUCCUUAUUUUGGAGUCGGAAAUGCGGUUAUAUUCAUAUCAAGGCCGUCGAAGUUACAGGAAGUAUUGGAAAAAACGCCUAUUUUUGUCACGGUUUGGAACAGGGAUGAAAAUUUUAAUUGUAUAGGUUUCGUGAAAGUUCCAUGGCAUGAGACUUUCUUUAAAUGUCUUGAGCGAUCUGCUGAACUAAACCCGGUUAAUAUGGAUCAAGCAGAGUACAGAGACACUAAAAAACCAGAAAUCAUUACCAAUACUGUUGAAAUGGUGAGACCACUACAAUGUGAGGAAGAUUUGAAACCCUCAGGCGAAAUAGAAUUUUUCGUUAGAUUAAGUUGUUUAGGCAACAGAGUGCUUAGUUAUUUCGUCUGUUUACCUGAAAUGGAGAGGAUUCCAGGUCGAAAGUAUCUCAAUGAUGAUUUGAAACUAAAGGAUGUUGAAGUAGUCAGGCAUUGGGAAGGGACCACUAUAGACGAGGUUCCUCCUGUGGCCUUUUUCUUUAGCGCUCCAGAUAUUACUAGAGAACCAAUCAGACCCGUGGAGGAACCAAAAGUGUAUGAAGAUUUUGUGGCUCCUUACACUGCAAGCGAACUGGCAAUUUUAGCCAUGGGCUUUCCUAAAGGUCCAUGUGGAGGUACAAUUGUCCAAAACGCAUGGAUUAUAGAGGAUCUCAACAUCAGUUUAUACAGGGUGAAACUGUCAAAGGCAAAUACCAGCAUGGACAAUUUGUAAAUAAAAGAGAUAUUCAUGGUCCAUGUGGAAGAUUGGACUGUCCUUUAGCUAAAAAAAUUCGGCAAUAUUUGUGCACAGAAGGCAGUUACAAACCGUGUAAAAAGCCGUGCUGCAAGGAAUAUAUUAGCAGUAUUAGGAUGUUAUCAUGUGCUAGGCAAGAAAUUCAUUCCGUAACUGUUCUUUGGUGUUACAAAAUAACACGAGUCGUAACAUAGUAAAUUAAACCCAGUAUUUUAAGAA